AUUUCGAAAUUUUCAUUCCAGAUUUUGACUCUUCUCUGGGAUUUAUUACUCCUAACGUACCAAGUACCUUCACCAAAUAUCGUCCCUGCUUUUUUCCAUUCUUCAAUUCCCUUGUGCUUUACGCACACCCGACCCGAGUUGCGACCAAGGGGUGGCGGCCUAAAACUCACAAAAACCAAACGCACAGACUACGCGGGUUCUUCUUUUCUGAGGAGAUCAGAAGCUUGUUGCUUUGCUUCUGUCUCUUCCUUCUCUCUGUAUCCUUAUGAAGCGGGCACGGGACGAUGCAUAUCCUGCUCCUCAAUUUAAACGUCCCCUUAGUUCGUCUCGUGGGGAAUCUACCAUGCUUAACUUAGCCCAUCAAACAGAGAAAUAUGACAUGUUCCUUGAGGUCAUGAAGGACUUCAAAGCUCAGAGAACUGACACAGUUGGUGUCAUUGCAAGAGUGAAGGAAUUGUUUAAAGGGCAUAACAACUUAAUUUAUGGAUUUAAUACUUUCUUGCCAAAAGGAUAUGAAAUAACCCUUGAUGAGGAUGAGAAUCCCCCAAAAAGAACAGUUGAAUUUGAAGAAGCUAUCAGUUUUGUAAACAAGAUAAAGAAACGUUUCCAAAAUGAUGAACAUGUUUAUAAAUCAUUCUUAGACAUAUUGAACAUGUACCGGAAGGAGCACAAGGACAUAAAUGAGGUCUACAAUGAGGUUGCAGCUCUCUUUGAGGAUCAUCCAGAUUUGCUUGAGGAAUUCACAAGAUUUUUGCCCAGUAAUUCAGCUUCACCUUUGACGCAUGAUGCUCCACAUGUACGAAAUUCAACUCAGGCUCAUCGUUACAAUGAACGUGGCUCGGCUGCACCCACAAUGCGUCAUAUGACAAUGGAAAAGCAACGUAGAAGGGAUAGGAUAAUUUCUUCCCAUGCUGAUCGGGACCUUAGCGUUGAUCGUCCUGACCUGGACGAUGACAAAGCUAUGGUGAAAAUGCAAAAGGAGCAGAGGAAACGUGUGGAGAGGGAUAACAGGGAUCGAAAACCUCGUGAUCAAGAUGAUAGAGAGCCUGAGCAUGAUAAUAGGGAUUCGAGCUUGCACCGUCUUCCUGAAAAAAGGAAAUCUGCAAGUAAGAUUGAAGGCUUUGGAGUCAAUUCUAACUUUGCUUCUUGUGAUGAAAAAGAUACUUUAAAGAGCAUGUACGACCAAGGUUUCAUUUUCUGUGACAAAGUUAAGGAGAGACUAUGCAGCUCAGAUGACUAUCAGGCAUUCUUGAAGUGCCUUCAUAUUUAUAGCAAUGGAAUAAUUAAAAGAAAUGACUUGCAAAAUUUGGUGGCUGAUUUGCUAAAAGAGUUUCCUGAUCUAAUGGAAGAGUUCAAUCGUUUCUUGGAGCGUUGUGAGAAUAUUGAUGGAUUCCUAGCUGUUAUGAGUAAAAAAUCACUUGGCAGUGAUGGACAUCUGUCCAGAGCAGCGAAGAUGGAGGAUAAAGACAGAGAGCCGAAGCGUGAACUGGAGGGAGCUAAGGAAAAAGAUAGGUACAGGGAGAAGUAUAUGGCAAAAUCCAUACAAGAGCUUGACCUUUCUAACUGCCAACGUUGUACUCCUAGCUACCGUCUUCUGCCUGAAGAUUAUCCAAUUCCGUCAGCAAGCCAGCGAUCAGAGCUUGGUGCUCAAGUUUUGAAUGAUCACUGGGUAUCUGUGACUUCAGGAAGUGAGGAUUAUUCAUUCAAGCAUAUGCGCAGAAAUCAGUAUGAAGAGAGUUUGUUCCGAUGUGAGGAUGAUAGAUUUGAGCUAGAUAUGUUGCUAGAAUCUGUAAGCUCUACUGCCAAGCGUGCUGAGGAUUUGUUGAACAGCAUUAAUGAAAAUAAAAUUAAACCAGAUUCACCCAUUCGUAUUGGAGACUACUUUACUGCACUAAAUUUAAGGUGCAUUGAGCGUUUAUAUGGAGAUCAUGGCCUUGAUGUCAUGGACAUAUUGCGUAGAAAUCCUGCUCUUGCAUUGCCAGUCAUCUUAACCCGGCUAAAGCAGAAACAAGAGGAGUGGACAAAGUGUCGUGCUGAUUUUAACAAGGUUUGGGCUGAGAUUUAUUCCAAAAACCAUUAUAAAUCACUUGAUCAUCGCAGCUUCUAUUUCAAGCAGCAAGAUUCAAAGAACUUGAGUGCCAAGUCUUUGGUGGCUGAAAUCAAAGAGCUGAAAGAAAAGAAUCAGAAAGAGGAUGACAUUCUCUUGGCGAUAUCUGCUGGUUACAGACAACCUUUAGCUCCCAACCUAGAAUAUGAAUACUCUGAUGUUGAUAUUCAUGAAGACUUGUAUAAACUUGUCCAAUAUUCAUGUGAAGAAAUGUGCUCAACAAAAGAACAGUUAAAUAAAGUUAUGAGGCUUUGGACCACUUUCUUGGAGCCAAUGUUGGGUAUUCCUCCUCGUCCCCACGGUAGAGAGGGUGCCGAAGAUGCUGGAAAGGCAAGGAAUCAAACCACAAACUUCAUGGCUUCAAGCAUGGCAGAAAGUGAUGGGAGUCCUAGGAAUGAUGCAAGUGCAGGGAAUUCUACACAACCUAAAGCUACUAGCAAUGGGGAUGAGAACAGCUCACCAGAACCAACAAAUUCUGGCAGAAACAAUGGAGCUAAUGGAGAUACUUCAGGCAAGGAAGAACAUUCAGGUCGUGUCUACCGAGAGGAUUCAAAGCUAGAGAAAGAGCCAAAGAGUUUAGAAAGAACUGGAUUCAGCAUACAUUCGUCCAGUGGAGGAGUAGCUAAUGCAAUCGGAGCAGAAAAUAGUCAUGGAAAAAACAGCGUUGAACUGUCAUCUGGUUGUGGUGCAAGUGCAUCAAGACAUAAUGAAGGUGCCACUGAUCAUGAACACAGAGCUGAUGUUGCUCCUCCAGCAGAAGUAGUAGAUGUUGCAAAAGCUGUUUUAUUAGCAAAUGGAGUGUAUUCAGAGGAGACAAAGGUUGGUAGAUGUAAUGAAGAAAUUGCUGGAACCUCAAAAAUUGAAAGGGAGGAAGGUGAGUUAUCGCCCAAUGGUGAUUUUGAGGAGGAUAAUUUUGUGGCCUAUGGAGUAGCUGCUUUGAAGGCUAUGCCAAAGGCAAAACUUGGGGUUGAAAGUCGGCAAUACCAGUCUGGAAAUGGGGAAGGGUUGCAUUGUGAUGAUGUGGUAGAAAAUGAUGCAGAUGCUGAUGAUGAAGAUAGUGACAAUGCUUCUGAGGCUAGAGAUGAUGGCUCAGGUAGUGAGUCUGCUGGUGAUGAAUGCUCCCGUGAAGAGCAUGAAGAUGAGGAAGACGUGGAACGAGAUGAAGAUGGCAAGGCUGAAAGUGAAGGUGAAGCUGAAGGGAUUGCUGAUGCGCACUUUGUUGGUGGAGAUGCCAUGUCAAUGUCAGAACGUUUUCUUUUGUCAGUGAAGCCUCUUGCAAAGUAUGUGUCUGCUAUUUUACUUGAUGAAGAAAGGCGCAAAUCUCGGGUUUUUUAUGGAAAUGAUGAUUUCUAUGUUCUUUUUAGGCUCCAUGAAGUUCUAUAUGAAAGAAUCCUAUCAGCAAAAACAAAUGCAACAGGUGCUGAUUUAAAAUGGAAAAACUCAAAAGAUGCGAAUUCUUUGGAUUUUUAUGCCAGAUUUAUGACUGCACUGUACAGUUUACUUGAUGGAUCCUCUGAUAAUGCAAAAUUUGAGGAUGAAUGCCGAGCUAUAAUAGGAAAUCAGUCAUAUGUGUUAUUCACAUUGGACAAGUUAAUAUAUAAACUGGUUAAACAGCUUCAAACUGUUGCAACAGAUGAGAUGGAUAAUAAACUUCUUCAGUUGUAUGAGUAUGAAAAGUCCCGGAAAAAUGGGACGACAAUUGAUUCAGUGUAUUAUGAGAAUGCACGUGUCCUCCUUCAUGAGGAGAACAUAUAUAGAUUGGAAUGUUCGUCUCCUCCAUCUCAUUUGUCUAUUCAGCUGAUGGAUAAUGUCAUUGAAAAACCUGAGGCAUUUGCUGUUUCCAUGGAUCCCAAUUUUUCAGUUUAUCUGCACAAUGAUUAUCUUUCAGUCUUUUCUGGCAAAAAGGAGCCACAUGGAAUUACGCUGAGGAGGUUAAACAAGAACAAAUAUGCAGGCCUGGAUGAGCUCUCUGCUUUUUGCACAGCGAUGGAAGGUGUGGAACUGGUUAAUGGUUUGGAAUGCAAGAUAGCUUGCAACUCUUACAAGAUUUCUUAUGUGUUGGACACAGAAGAUUUCUUCUUGCGUAACAGCAGAAAGUCAUCAAAAGGCAGCAGAUCUUCAUAUAAUAAUCAGGCAAGAGUACAACGGUUCCACCAGUUCUUAUCAGCUUCACAAUAAUCAACAUCCCAUCUCUGGAACUGGCACACAAGGUAAUUUACAAAGGCAUGUCAAAUUGUUAAUGCAUUCCUGAAAUUAAAGACUUACACGCGAUGCUUCUUUCUGCUUGUACAAGUCAUUGCUGCUGCCAAACCCAGAAAUGCAUUGAAGAGUCAGUGUCCCGGUAUGUUUGUAGUUUAUUCUAGUUCGUCAAAUGAGAACUUCAAGAAGAGGAUAGUUAGGGAAAUGUAUGUUGAAUAUCUGAAAGUUCACAUGAGGCCAGCAUCUGAGCCAUUGAUGUGUAAAUAGGGUUAUUGCAUGACAUUUUGUAAAAAAAGAAAUGUGUUCUUGUUAAUGUAGUCACAGAUGGGUGCUGCAUUCUCCCUUUGCCCCAAUUUGGGGCUCACAGUUUGCAGCUCUAAUUUACAGUUGAACUUACCUCCUCAGUAUGUAAGCAAAGGAACUUGAUCAAAAUAGUUGUGACAGAACUCAUUAGGUUCUUACAUUUUAUCUCAUUGAUUUCUCCAUGAUUUUUUUUUUUUUUUUUUAAAUAAGGGUAAUUUUUUUAG